GGACCCUGUAGUGCUGCCCAUCGCCGCCCGCCCCUCUGCCCGCCGCCGCCGCCGUGCUGACGGGGUCGCCUUCCUCGCUGCCGCCGCGGGGGGCUGCUCCUUCUCGGGCUCUGCUCGCCGGCCAGCAGGUGCUCCUCCUCGGUCCCAGCUCCCCAGGCAGGCAGGCGCACCAUGCGGGCGCUCCUUGCCCUCGCCGCUCUGCUCGGCAGCCUGCUGCUCUUCCUUUGCCUCGCGUGGCUUUCCGCCGAUGGCUCUUGGAGCGCGAGGGGCUGGGAGAAGGAGGUCAAAGCCACCCGCGAUGGGGUCCCCCGAGUGAUGAGGUCCCUCAGAGCUCCUCCUGCCACAUCAGUCCAGCUUGCAGCUCCUCAGAUGGACACCAACAGAACAACUGCUAAUCAAACUGGAAUCCGGAAGUCUGAGCAAGCCUCAAAAUGCAAAGAGAUGUGGAGCAACAAUUGGUCUUCCUCUAUCAAGAAGAAAAGGUAUUCUGAAGACUAUUAUUUGCAGAUAGUUGGAAAACUGCAGAACUGCACAUGGAACAGGAGGCCACAAGAAUACGCCAAAUUUAAGUCAGAGCUUGCCACGUGCUGUGAUGCUGUUCACAAUUUUAUUGCUUCUCAAAACAACACCCCAUUGGGAAGCAACAUGAGUUAUGAAGUGGACAAUAAAAAAACCAUCCACAUCACAGAGGAAAUAUUCAAAAUGCUGCCUGAGGCACAGCCUCUGGGCUCUCCCUUCAAGAACUGUGCAGUGGUUGGAAAUGGGGGGAUUCUAAAGAACUCCAGUUGUGGAGCAGAAAUCGAUCAAUCUGACUUUGUUUUCAGAUGCAACCUUCCUCCGACCAUGGGAAGCAUCAGUCAAGAUGUUGGCAAUAAAACCAACCUUGUGACCAUCAACCCGAGCAUUAUAGCACAGAAAUAUAACAAGCUGAAUGAAAAGAAGGCCACCUUCCUGGAAAACAUUGCAAGUUAUGGAGACACUUUCCUUUUGCUACCAGCUUUUUCCUUCAGGAGCAACACUGCCACUUCUUUCAAAGUACACCACACACUUAGAGAAUUCAAUGCAAAGCAGAAGGCCAUAUUUUUCUAUCCUAGAUACCUCAAAAGUCUUGCUCAGUUUUGGAGGACUAAAGGUGUCAAAGCCUACCGGUUGUCUUCUGGCUUUAUGAUCACCAGUGCUGCAGUGGAACUGUGUGAGAAUGUGAAGCUAUAUGGCUUCUGGCCUUUCUCAAAAACCAUAGAAGGUAUUCCAAUCAGUCACCACUAUUACGACAACCAGCUCCCGAAGCCUGGGUUCCAUGCAAUGCCCAAAGAGUAUAACCAGAUCCUUCAGCUUCAUGGAAGAGGCAUCCUCAAGCUUCAGUUUGGCAAAUGUUGGACUGCCUAGGCUAAGUUUCAGAGUGACGAUUGCCAAGAAGAGAAUGUGUAUGCACCCCUGUGGUUCAGUGUUGGACUUGUUCAAAUAUCAACCUGUAAGCGUUAAACUGUGCUAUUAGAAUUCAGAAGUAUUUUGCACUUAAAGAUGGCGGUCUUUUUUCUUUUUACAUAGUGAGGUGUGUGACUAGAUUCUUGUAAACUGCUUUUUUACAUAAACAAAAUGUUCAAACCCCCAAAUAUUCAAUAUAGUUAACAAAGCACAAUCUCAGGAUGAUAGCUGUCAGUGUUGUUUGUAAGGUUCUUGCUCGUACAUUUAUUACAAUAUAUUUUAAAGUAUUUAUUGGUUUUGUAAUGGCAUCUAAAAUGGUAGGAAACUGUCUGCUUUUGUAGUAAGCCCUUGCAAUGACUUUGGACUUUGCCCCGGCUCCAUGCAGAAGCAGAUCUCCCACUUGCCUUACCUCUGUGCAGAGCAGUCUGUGCACAACACUGGGAGGGGCCUUAAAGGGAAGCACUGGGAGGGACUACAUUUCCCAGUAUUCCUUGUAUGCCUUCCUGCACAGCUUUCACAAUGUCAUUGUGGUUUCCCACAGCUUCACUUCCCCUUUAAGGGCCCUCUCAGGUAUUGUGGACAGACCACUCUACAAGGAGGUAAGCAGAGGAUGCAGCUGCUUCCAUGCAGGGUGAAGGGUGAGGUGCAAAUGUUUAGCCUUUGAUGCUUUGAAAAAUCUUUGCACAGGCCUCCUUAGUAGCUUGGUUUUAUGUGACUGCCCCGCCCCCUGUUUUUGUUUUACUAGCCUGCAAAUAUAAAAUACCAGAUGCUACAAGUUAAAACAAAGCCGAUUUCUGUGUAAAAACAUCAUCAUCAGUUGCUUACCAAAUCAAGUAUCGCAACAGAGCUUGAAUUCCUUUCUCUCAAGAUAAGCAGUAGGCAGGGAAGAAAGGGAGUAAUAUACCAGCUGCAACAAAUUAGCAAUUACAAGGUAAGGCAGGGAAGACAAGGGAGGAUCACAUACAAGUUUUGUUUUAACUCUGGUAACAUGUGGUAUUUUAUUUUUGCAUAAUAAAGAGGUCUUGGUGGAAGAAUUGCUUAGAGCCAAUAUGUGCAAUAGCAUUGCCAACUUAUCGCCUGCAAAGAGUUCUACAUGGUUGUAUAUUCAACCCGCUUGCGUUCUGAAGUGGUAUAGUCUAGUGCAGGGCUACACAACUUCAGAUGUUGGACUACAACUCCCAUCAUCCCUGACUUGGCCAAUAGGGAUGGUGGAAGUUGUAGUUCAGCAACAACUGGAAGGCCAAAGUUGUGCAACCCUGGCCUAGUGGUACAGUUUAGCACCUGCUAUGUAAAUUAUGCUGUGUUCUGAAUAACCUUUUUAAAAUGAUGCUCAAGGGCUUCCUUUUAAAAGUGGAGAAAGGAUUUGAAUGACCAUUUGUUCCACAUCUGGUCCACUUUAGCAGAAGUUAACCUCAUCAUGAACAGCUGGGCUUAAAUGAGGAAGUGGCCCUGUUAUGUUUAAAUAUAGCUGCAGGUAGCCCCGUUCCUCAAAAACAUCACAUAUAGGAAAUAGGGUUAAUGGUUUCCUGGGCUGUGUUUCCAUCAAAAAAUCUCCCUUGAAGUAACUAUAUUCAUCUCUGAUAAUUAAAUGGCCAAAUAGUUCCUGGGGCAAAUAGCUGCUUCAGUGCACAAAAACAGCACAGGGGAAAUGGUGAUUCCCCCUUGCUGUGUGCCACUGUUCUGAGCCAGAUCAGAGGGUAGAGAUGUGCAGAACCGGCUUGAUCUCGAACCAGUCCGCCAUGGACCAGGGAGGUGGUUUGAUCAUGAACCAGACUGCCCUUCAGGAAAGGGGGCUGGUCCGAGAUCAAACCGAGCCAAACCCAUUUGGAAGUGAACUGGUUUCAUGGUUUGAGCCAGGCUCAAGUGAGGAUGGUGCCGGGUGGUGAGGCAUCUUUAGAAGUAAACGAGGGGUGAGAGGCAUCUUUAAAAGUAAAUGAGGUCCUUACUGGCAGUCCAGCAGUACCAAAGCUAUUUGGAGCAGCAGCCUGCAGCCCGCACCAGCAGUGAUGUGCGGCUCCAACACUCAUCUGGCCGACACACAUGCGCGGAGGCCAGGUGAGUGCUCAAUCGAGCCUGGGUUGAACUGGUUCAAUCUCGUUGGCUCAAGCCAACCAGCUGCCCAGUAGGUUUGACCAAACCAGUUUGCUGACCCGCGGUCCGGUCCAAAUGUGGUCAAAAUUUGGACCAAACUGGGGGGGAAAGGACCGUGCACAUGACUUUCAACAUAAAAGGGCCACUGCCAGCCCACUUCCUCAUGUAAGCUGUCCAUGACAAAUUUGACAUCACAUGCAAUUUAGUCCUCAGACUACACUGAGGACUGUUUUUCAAGCAGGGGCAAGGAACCUUCAAUGCGAGAGCCAUUUCUGUACUGCACUUUCCUCAGUGCUGGAAGGGCCCUCUAAGAGAGACAGAGCCCUCUCUUAAGAGCUCUAGGAGGAAAGCACUGGGAAGAGCUACACUUCCCAGCAUUCUGUGCACACCUUCCAAGAUGGUGCAGAGGCUCAAGAGGGCUCCGUUUCCUUGAAAGGAGCCCCCUAGCACUGAGUAGAGUGCAGCACAGCAGUUGCCUCUACAUGGUGCCCGGGGACUGUGCAAAGUAUUCAGCUUUGGCCGAAACUUCACACAGGAGGACCAGUAAACCAUUAGUUAAGGAGCCCCACUUGGGGUUGAUGGGAGGCACCACUGACCCUGGCCCUUACUAUCAAGAACACUGCAUUGCAUUGUCAGUUCUGUGUGUUUAAACCCAGAUUUGUUCUACCCAUGUAGUAAGCAAUGGAAGGGGUCUAAUUUUAAGAUCAAAGGGAUUGUCUGGGUGAGGAUUACAUAUCCUUUCCCUGCUCCCCGCUCAUACCUAAGUCUCCCUGCAGACUCUCCCCUAAGAUAAUCCCUCCACCAAGUGGGCUACAAUACCAACUGGGAGAAAAUCACCAUAUCAGGUGGACUACAGGGAAGUAAUCCACAGGCAGGGGAAGUAGGGGCCACGGUCCCAGACUCUAUCUUGUACACAUGUGAAUUGAGAUAUAUUUUAAAAGAUCUCUCUGUAUCUAUGUUGUAUAGAAGAGAUUCAAAUCUGGGCUCCUCAGUUUAAAUUCUUAAUAUUCAUUUCAUCAAAAUGCCUAUUAGAAUUAAAUUAUUUAAAAGCCUUGAUUAAAUUUCCUUUUAUUAACAUGAGCCAAGGGAAAAUAAAUUACGUAAUGUUAUCUAAUUUUUAAAAAACUAAGAUAUGUCCCAUGGCAGCAUUUUCAGACCAUUUGUAGAAUUCUAUUAAUCUAAGCAGGAACAUAGCCUCAGAAGCCAAGGAGAUCACUUUCCAGAUUGACUUUCUUACUCUAGGAAACAAAAGCUGAAGAGGACUCCUUUUUUUCGGGGUGUGCACAAAACUGGUUUGCCCGGUUCGGUUCGAGUCUGGAUCAGACUUGAACUGGAACGGGCAUGAAUCGGUUUUGGCACCCCCAACUAGAACCCUGUUUGGCUUGUGUUUGAGCUGGUUCGGGUCCAGGUUGUAAUGCUGGCCUCCGGGGGUGCUGCUGCAGCCGCGGAGGAAUCUCAGAAGGUUCCCCCUCCCCUGCCAGCCUCCCCCCGGACCAUUUUGGGACAGUUUGGCCCAUUUAUGGGCCUUUCCGGACCUCUGCCUGCUUGUGGUGGUUAUUUUGAAAGCUGUCGCACAUGCGCACUGGCCUAAAUUUGCAUGCCUGAGAUGCAAUUUUUUAAAAACCUUUUUUUAAACCCCCAAACCGGCCUGGUGUGUUCAGCUUGACUUGGAGCCAAGCUGAACCAAACUGGGCCCUGUUUGGCUUGAGGAUGAGCCUUCAAACAGGCCCAGUUCGAUGGCAAACCAGUUCAAAAUCGAACCGGUUCACACAUCCCUACUUUUUUGUUGUUGAUUUGCCUUACAUAGAUGCCUACAUAGAGAUCAGCAUGGAUGGCAUUAUUUAGGAAUAUAGGAAGCUGCCUUCUACUGAGUCAGACUAUUGGUCCAUCCAGCUUAGUAUUGUCUACCUAGACAAGCAACAGUUGCAGGCAGGAGUCCAAGGUGGCAUCUUGGAGAUGCCCGGGAGGGAACUUGGAACCUUCUGCUCUUCCCAGAGCAGCCCAUCUCCUAAGGGGAAUAUCCUACAUUGCUCACAUGUAGUCUCCCAUUCAAAUGCAACCAGAGCAGACCCUGCUUAGCAAUGGGGACAAUUCAUGCUUGCUACCAUGAGACCAGCUCUCCUGGUCUCUUUCAGGCUGCUUAUGAAGAUUUGACUUAUUUUCAGCCCCCAAGCAGAACACAGUGUGCCAGUCAUAUGAAUGAAAGGCGGGGUAUAAAUUUAACAAUAAAUAAAUAAAUAAAAUAUGUGGCAACCUGCCAAGAGCUCAGUAGACCCAUUUGUAGCCUACCUUCCCAAGGCAAGGCGGCUGAUGGGAUCACCAUACUUCUGUGUGCCGCCCCACUCUAGUAACUCUUGUGUUUCUAUUCCAGGACAAACCAAAUUCACAGCACACGGGAGGGGGUCCUGGCGAACCCCAAAGCCAUGGUGGGGAGUGCAAGUGGGGCUGUGGGGACUGGGGCCCAAGGCAUAUGGACUGGUAUUUGCUGGGUUGGAGGUUGCAAUCCCCAGCUCAACCAAUACCAGCCUGGGCACUUCGGGUUAACACUGCAGGUAAGAGUGUCUCUUGCAAGGCGAGAGAGAGCAAGGCAGCUGGGGCAGUGCAAGAAGCAUGAGAAGAAGCUGCAGCUGUGGCUUGUUUUCCACCCCAUAGCCCCACCUGUACCAGCAGCCACUGCCCCAAUGAUUUUUUAAUUUUUAUUUUUUUGCCAAUCUGCCAUGCUUUUUCAACAUUCUCCACCUGACAUUUCUGGGUUUGGACAACAGAGAAAUGGCAGGAAAUACUGGAAUGCAGCAGGAGUGCACACUCGCUGGAACCUCUGGUUCCUGCCUACUUACUUACAUGCUGGAGGCUGUGUGCAGCUGCCCAGUAUAACACUUGGGGGUCCUUUUCAUUUGGUUUCAGUGUCUACUGAAAGGAGUGUGCGUGUGAGUCUGUGUUGAGAGGAGGGUUGCCAUUUGGGGUUUUUAUACUUGAGAAUUAUAGUAGUUAUCUGGAGUCCCUGAACUCCUACAACUGUACCUGUACUGGGAUGUUCCUAAUAGAGUACAUUCUGCUACUGUUAUUUCCAAACAAAAAGUUUCUCAAGUGUACGGCCACUCUCAGCAUUUGAUGCUUCAAAAUCUUAAUGUGAUAUUAUUGUCUGUCUGCAAAUAUUGCUAAGCGUCUGACUAUAUUCAUGUAUGAAUAACUUGUGCGGCGUUUUGGGGAAAGGACAGUGCCAUCCUUCUGCUUUUUAAUCUCAAUUUGACUAUGAAGUUGAGUUUUGCCAUCAGCUGGACGAUGUCAUUGAUGCGUUGUAUUGAAGUGCCUCAGUGCCAAAGACUGUUUGCUUUCAUGGUUAUGAUGUGCGUGUUGGAUGUUGCGCCAAUUAGAUGUGAACUGGAAUAUUUUUGCAAUUUUUAUUUGAAAAUAAAAAACUUGUUAUAUUCA